ACUAAAACUAAAAUAAGAACCUGGAUCAGCCUUAGUUGAACUCAGCCACUUCUUUCUAGAUGUCAUCCUCAGGUCUUCAUAAUCAUACUAUUAUUUCUGUCUUAAUAUUUGCUGAUAAGGCGAUUAAUAUCUCUGCAGCUUCUUUCUUCAUCUGGAGGUUUGCAGGUUUUGGAUAGGGAUAUGGAUUCUUCUUCUUCUUCUUCUCUUCCUUUUCCUGCUCCUCUUCGAGAAAAGUACGAUGUGUUUCUUAGUUUCAGAGGUGAAGACACACGCGAUACUUUUACCAGCCAUCUUCACGCGGCCUUACGUCGGAAGAACAUUGAGACCUACAUAGAUUACAGACUUGAGAAAGGAGACGACAUUGGACCUGCCCUUCUGGAAGCAAUCGAGAAAUCGAAAAUUGCAAUAGUCAUUUUCUCAAAAGACUAUGCUUCUUCCACAUGGUGUUUGAAAGAACUUGUGCAUAUACUUGGAUGCAAGAAAAGCUAUGGACAGAUUGUUAUACCCAUUUUUUAUAGCAUAGAUCCAUCAGAUGUACGAAAACAGCAGGGAACUUAUGCACUUGCAUUUGCUAAACUUGAAGAACAUUUCAAGGACAGUAUGGAUGAUUCGGUUCUCAAGUGGAAGGUAGCUUUGGAGGAAGCAGCCAAUAUGUCAGGGUUUCAUGAUUCAAGUAAAACAGGGACGGAGGCCGAUUUCGUUGAGGAAGUUGCUCAAGAUGUUUUGACCAAAUUGAAUCGCGAAUCGUCAAGUGAUUUAAAGGGUCUGCUUGGAAUUGAAAAGAAAAUUGAAGAAAUUGAGUCGUUAUUAUGCUUUGAUUCACCAGGUGUUUGCUGUGUAGGUAUUUGGGGCAUGGGUGGUAUUGGCAAGACCACCCUUGCUGAUGCUGUAUUUCACAGGCACUCCUCUAAAUUUGAAGCUGCUUGUUUUCUUGCGAAUGUCAGGGAGAACUCAGAACAAACGAAUGGACUACUUCAGUUGCGUAAUAAACUUGUUGGUGAGAUAUUAAAGCAAAAAGAUGUAAAUAUCGACACUCCGUCUAUACCACCUCAUAUUCAAGACAGGUUCAGGCGUACAAAGGCGCUCAUUGUUCUUGAUGAUGUGAAUGCUGAAAAACAACUAGAAGUUCUUGUUGGUGAUGAUGAUCGGUUUUGCCAAGGAAGUCGAAUCAUUAUAACUGCUAGAGAUAAAGGCCUACUUGAGCAAAAAGUUGACCCUGCGAAGAUAUUCAGCGUUGAGGGAUUAGGUGCCGAAGAAGCUCUUCAGCUCUUUCAUUCGCAUGCUUUUGGAAAUAAGUCUCCGACAACAGAUUACACUGAGUUGUCAAGAGUGGUGGUGGAUUAUAUUAAGGGCAUUCCAUUAGCUCUUAAAGUUAUGGGGUCCUCAUUCCAUCUUUGCAAGAGCAAACAAGAGUGGGAAGUUCAAUGGAAAAAAGUGAAACAAUUUCCAAAUGAAGAAAUCGAUCAAGUGUUGAGAAUAAGUUACGAUGGAUUAGGAAAAAAUGAGAAAGACAUAUUUCUUGAUAUAGCAUGUUUUCAUAAAGGCUAUAUGAGGAAUGAUGUAGAAAGAAUGUUAGAUAGUUGUGAUUUCUUUGGGGAAAUAGGAAUCAAUUACCUUAUUGAUAGGUCUCUCAUAUCAAUUUCAAAAGAAGGAUGGUCAAAAGGUAAGAUAGAGAUGCAUGAUUUGGUGCAAGAAAUGGGUAGGGCAAUUGCUCGAGAACAAGGCAGUAGGUUAUUCAUUGAAGAGGAUGUCUAUCAAGUAUUGACAAAUAACCAGAGCGAUGGACAUGUUCAAGCCAUAUCCUUUGAUUGGCUUGAGAUGGAAUAUGCAAACUUCGAAAAGAUGCAUCAACUGAGAUGGCUACGUGUCGAUUUUCUUCACUACCUCGCAACUCCAUUAAUUGGUUCUCUAGGUCUUCCCAAUUCUCUUAGAUAUCUUCACUUGAGAGGAUAUCCUUUGAAAUCUUUGCCAUCAAAAUUUUCUGCUCAAAAUCUUGUUGUCCUUGAAAUGUCGUACAGCAAUGUUGGGGGGCAACUUUGGAAUGAAGACCAGAGUCCUGUGAACUUGAAAUGGAUCAAUCUUAGUGACUGCAAUAUAACUAAAGUCCCAGAUCUCUCUCAGAGUCUAAAAAUUGAACAUAUAGAUCUGAGUAGCUGUGGAAGUUUGGUUGAAAUUCCUUCGUAUUUUCAACGUCUUCGCAAGCUUACUUAUCUUGACCUUGAGCAAUGCACAAAUCUCAAAAAUCUUCCCGAGAUGCCAUGCAAUCUUGAAUUCUUAAAUUUAUAUGGGACAGCAAUAGAGGAAUUGCCUUCAUCAGUUUGGUCUCACGAAAAAAUAUCUGACUUAAAUAUUGCAUAUUGUGAACACCUUAAGAGUCUUCCAAGCAACACUUGUAAGCUGAAAUUCUCUCUUAGUCUAGUGCGCUGCAUAUCUCUUUGCGAGUUUUGGGAGCUUCCCAGGGAUACAACAGAGCUAGCGUUGAGUAGAUCAACAAUAAAAGAAUUGAGGAAUGCAUCAAUAGUGUCUGCCGUUGGUCUCACUGCAAUUAAACUAAUCAAUUGCGAAAGUUUUGUGAGUCUCCCAACGAACAUUUGGAAGUUGAAAUCUCUGGAGAGCAUAGAUCUCAGUUGGUGCUCCAAUUUUCAAUACUUCCCAGAAAUCUUAGAGCCUAUGGAACAUCUGGAGUUUCUAAAUUUAACAGGUACAUCGGUUAAAGAGCUACCCCCAUCAAUUAGAAAUCUAGUUGCGCUUCAAGAAUUACAUCUCCACAACUGCAAGAACCUUGAGGUUGUCCCCGAUGAGCUCUUUUGCUUAACCUCAUUACAAGUGUUAAAUUUGAGUUUUACCAAAAUUAAGAGCUUGCCUGCAAGCAUCAAACAAGCUGCUCAGCUGUCUAACCUGUUCCUCAACCAUUGCAAGAGCCUUGAAUCUUUACCAGAGCUCCCCCCAUCACUGAAGACAAUUGGUAGUGACAAAUGUAGAUUUUCUCGAGGGCUUCAAGGGAAACAUAUAAAAGUAUUGCCAACGAAUAAGAAAUGUCUGGAGAGCAUUGAUCUCAGUUGGUGCUCCAAAUUUCAAUACUUCCCAGGAAUCUUAAAGCCUAUGGAACAUCUGGGGUUUCUAAAUUUAACAGGUACAGCGGUUAAAGAGCUACCCCCAUCAAUUAGAAAUCUGGUUGUGCUUCGAGAAUUAGAUCUCUGCUUCUGCAAGAACCUUGAGGUUGUCCCCGAUGACCUCUUUUGCUUAACCUCGUUAGAAGAGUUAGAUCUGAGUUCGACUGAAAUUAAGAGCAUACCUGCAAGCGUUAAACAAGCUGCUAAACUGUCUCGCCUGUUCCUCAACGAUUGCAAGAGCCUUGAAUCUUUACCAGAGCUCCCCCCAUCGCUGCAACGUCUUGAAGCAAAUGGUUGCACGUCACUGAAGACAGUGUCAAGUUCAAGCACUGCACUCGCACAAGGUUGGGAAAAAUAUCAAUUUUCUCAAUGGCUUCAUGAGAAACAUAUAUUUUCUGAUUGCAGAAGGUUGGAUGAGAAUGCACGAAGCAACAUAAUGGGUGAUGCACAGCUCAAAAUUAUGCGAAUGGCAACUGCGUCGUCAAAGUUUAAGGAAGACAUAAUUGAAGAAGCAUCAUAUGAUUCAGAUGAGGAAUCUUUCGUUGGCAUUAGAUGUUCUGGGAAUGAAAUUCCAAAAUGGUUCAGCCAUAAAAGUGAGGGAUGUUCAAUAAAGAUUGUGCUUCCUCCUGAUUGGUUUAGCACAGAUUUCUUGGGUUUCGCUCUAUCUCUUGUUGUUGUUGGUGAUACACAUUGUAUGAAUAUUGGAUGCAAGUACAACUUCAAAACUAGUGAUGGUGAAAGCCUUAUAAUCAACCAUCCUUUGUGUAGUCUGGAGCCGAAAAAUGGCGAGUUAUUUUCUUGUGAUGAGGUGUUUGUCUGGUGGUAUGAUAAUGUCUUUGAAGUUGUAGAGGAAGCUCAAAGCCCCACUGCGUUUUACAAACUUGUUACUGAGGUCAAUCUUGACUUCACCGUAAGGAGUUAUGGUAGCAGCUACUCCCGUCCGGAGGUGGAAAAGUGUGGGAUAUGUCUGUUGUAUGGCAAAGAUGUUGAGAUGAUAAAGCAGAGGGCUUUGUAGAUCAAGCAGAUAUCCCUAAAUUCAAAUUUUCAUUUUAUUUGA